AUAAAGAGCCAUGGUACCACCGCAUUACAGUUCAUACUGUUAAUACUGUAGGGGGAAAGGAUAUAAGAUAUUAAAUGCCUUAUACUGUCAUUUAGGAUCAACAAACAGCAAAAAUGAAGCAAACUAAUACUCCAGUAUUUCUGACCCCUGCAGCUGGUACUGUAUACUAUAAGUUGUGUUAAAUAAAGUAUGCCUGUUUUGAAAUUUCUAUUUAAAAUAAAUGACGUUUAGGAACAAUUUUUGACCAUAUUUGAACUCUGACUCAUAAAAUGACUGUUGGAAGAUAAGCGUGUGUCUUGGGUUACUUUAUCAGAUAUCUUACAUCAGGUAUCUUUCAAUAUUAAAUGUUUAUCGAAUUAUGCCUCACAUUAGUGAAAAGCGUGACACUUAUUACAUCACGUGCAUUUCCGGAACAUAACAUUUUUACACUCAGCUUUAGUGGAACAAAAUAAGAAACAAAUAAAUACAAUUAUUUGAAAAAUCUCCUUUUAGCUAGACAAAAAUAUCUAGGUAAAGAAACACCCAUAAACAUUUUUCUCCAGGAUAUGAGUGCUGGCAGAUGGUUAAUGAUCAGUUUGUCCUUUCUUGAAACAGGUGGCAUUCAGAACCUUAAGACACACCUGUGUACCUGUGAUGAUGCUUAAUGUCAGAUUACCUCAAUCACAGGAAGGACGUUUAAACUUCACACGCACAAUAAAAUGCACACAAACGUCAUUACAGCCCUAAAUUACAUUGUCCUGAAAUCUAACAGUGAAAGGGAAAUCACAUUCAAAAUAUGAGUCCUGAUAAAUGUGAUUCUGUAAAUAUUUCUUUCAUCACCUUUCAUCAACAAAACAUUUAUAACCACAUCGUUUCCUUAAAAAAUAAAAAGGUUUGCACUUUGACGUUUAAGCACCGUAAAGACCAACAGUUUCUCAAAUAUGCUGGUAAAUAUUUCAUUACCCAUGUUUAUUUAUCAGAUUUCAGCAUUAAAAUAAUGUUUUUAUCAAUACUACAAUUACACAAGAAGUAAAUGAAUAUUUACACCCUGCCAUUAAUGCAGUUUUAAUGUUAUGAAUGUUAAAGAAUGUACAGCAUCUCAUCUGUCUCAUUGUUUAAAGAGGUCCCAUAAUCACCACCCACACAAACACAGACGCUGGACUUUCAUUUUCAUUAUAUGCGGUACAGAGGACUAUCAGACCCUCCCUGCAGGGUGGGAGGCAAAAGACAUAUCUGAGAAAAAGUAUAAAAGGAGGUCCGAACAGAAAAUCAAGCACCACUGGAGCUUCAACAGACCUCUCUUACCUCCAACCAUGGAUUGGAGAACAUCUGCACUCUGCACACUGCUGCUGGUGCUCACCUGUAGCAUCCAGGUUAAUGCAAAGAGGGUCUAUGCUAGUAACCAUGUGAACAACAUCUGUAGCAUGUGGGGUAACUUCCACUUCAAGACAUUUGAUGGAGACACUUACCAGUUUAAAGGCACGUGUGAAUAUAACCUGGUGUCUGACUGUCAGAGCCUCAUUCAUCAGUUCUCAGUUCACGUGAAGAGAACACAAGACCCCGAUGUGUCAAAGAUCAGCAGAGUGUCGGUUACCAUCAAUGACAUCGCUGUCGUGAUGACCGAGGACCUGGUGAUGGUCAAUGAAGAAAAAGUAACACUACCCGUCCACAUCGCAGGGAUCCUUGUCGAAGAGAAUUCGAUUUACACCAAACUCUAUUCCAAACUGGGCAUCAGUGUCAUGUGGAACAGAGAGGAUGCUGUCAUGGUGGAGCUGGACUCCAAAUAUUUCAAUCGCACUUGUGGACUAUGUGGUGAUUUUAAUGGCAUUCCCAUCUAUAAUGAAUUCAUCCAAUCAGGGCGAAGGGUCGGCUACGCCGAGUUUGGGAAUAUGCACAGAGUUCCCAACCCGAACCAUCAUUGCGAAGACCCUUUUGAAGAUGAUGAAACGGAUAUACAGCAAAAUGUGGUGGACUCAUGUGAAAAACAUCGGGCAAUUUGUGCAGGCAUUUUUGAAGAUGGAGACUGGUCUUCUUGUAGUUGGGUUCUGAGCCCUGAGCCAUAUAUCAGGGCCUGCGUGAGUGACACAUGUCAGCGUCGGCCUGGAGAAACAGACGCUACAUCACUCUGCUCGACUCUAUCUGAAUACUCACGUCAGUGCUCGCACGCCGGGGGAACUCCGCCCACCUGGAGAACAGACAACUUCUGCCCUGUGAAAUGUCCCUACAAUAUGGUUCAUUCUGAAAGUGGCUCGCCCUGUAUGGACACAUGCUCACACAAAGACACAAACACACUGUGUGAGGAACACAAGGUCGAUGGCUGCUUCUGCCCUCCAGGAACUGUGCUUGAUGAUAUCUCGUACACGGGCUGUAUCCCUCCGGAACAGUGCCAGUGUAAACAUGACCGCAUCUACAAUGCAGGAGAGAUCCUUCGUGAAGAUGGGGAAGAAUGUGAGUGUUGGGGUGGAAACUGGAUUUGUACGAGUCUGCCGAGCCCUGGUCUGUGCGCAGUAGAGGAAGGAUCUCACUUCAUCACCUACGACGGGAAAGAAUUCACUUUCCACGGAGACUGCAACUACGUGCUUUCUAAAGACUGUGAGGGGUCAAAGUUCAUCAUUUUGGGGCAGAUUGUUCCUUGUUAUAAUCAUGAAACCGACACCUGCUUGAAAUCGAUAGUGCUGCUGCUUAACAACGACAAGAAAAAUCCUCUGAUUAUUAAAGCUGACGGCACGGUACAACACAAUGCUGAAGUUUCUCUUCCAUACAGCACCGUCGACUUCACCGUCUUCAGGCCGUCGUCGUUUCACGUCAUGUUUCAGAGCGCGGUCGGUCUGCAGGUCCAGGUUCAGCUGGUUCCUCUCAUGCAGGUGUACAUCACUGUGGACCAAAGCUUUCAGGGGAAGACUUGUGGCCUCUGUGGAAAUUUUAACAAAGUGCUGUCUGAUGACCUGAAGACCCCUCAGGGUAUAGUGGAGGGUACAGCGAUUUCUUUCGCGAACACCUGGAAGGCCCAGUCCAACUGUCCCGACCGUCCCAAGAGAAUGGACGACCCCUGUUCCUACAGCACUGACAGCGAACAUUUUGCUGAGCACUGGUGUUCAAAGAUGAAGGACAAAGAGAGCCUGUUUGCCAAAUGUCACGCCUCUGUCAAUCCAGACAGCUACUACAAAAGAUGCAAAUACUCCAGCUGUACUUGUGAGAAGAGUGAAGACUGUCUUUGUGCGGUGUUCUCCUCGUACGCCCGGGCCUGCGCGGCUAAAGGAAUAUUUCUCCAAGGCUGGAGACAAAUAGUGUGCGAUAAAUACACAGAGAAUUGUCCCGUCUCGCAAAACUACUCCUAUCAGCUGCAGAGCUGUCAGCACACCUGUCUGUCUCUCAGCUCGGAGCGUCAGGGAUGCAGCGUUGACUUUGUGCCCGUAGACGGAUGUGCCUGUCCAGAUGGACUCUACCAGGACGAGGCGGGACACUGUGUUCCUAUGGAAAAAUGUCCAUGCUACCACAAUGGAUUGAAAGUCAAACCUGGCAGGUCUAUCAGCAUUAAGGAUGAACACUGUGUUUGCAUGAACGGAAAGUUUCAAUGUCGGUCCUGGAAAGCUCGUGUUCUGGGUAUGAAGAAAUCCUUUUUGGCUACUGCAAAGGCUAAAUGGGGUGUUACUGAAUAUGGGUUACCAACAAAUAUUAAUUUCUCUCCCUCUGCCCAGUUCUCGCUGGACUGUCAAUCUGGGUGCCAGUGUCCUACAGGUCUCCUGGAUGAUAGCAGAGGAAACUGUGUUAAGCCUCACGACUGCCCGUGUCCACACGAUGGACAUUCUUAUGCAGCAGGAGCUGAGAUAACCAGGGACUGCAAUAAAUGCACUUGUCAAGGGGGAACAUGGAAAUGUACAGAACAUAAAUGUCCAGGUGUCUGCACUAUAUAUGGAAGCGGACAUUAUCAAACUUUUGAUCAACAAAGAUUCGGCUUUAGGGGAGACUGCAGUUAUAUAGCUGUGCAGGACAAGUGUGGCAAUAAGACCGGACAUUUUAGCAUUGUGACUGAGAAUAUUCCUUGUGGUACAACAGGAACCACAUGUUCAAAAGCUGUUGAUGUCAUUUUGGGGAGGACUAGACUGGAUCUUUCUGAUGGCAAAGUAACAGCCACUGAUACUGGAACUGGUCCACUGAUCAAAUACAAAGAGAGAAAGGUUGGUAUGUACCUUGUUAUUGAUGCUGAAAAUGGACUGACAGUUUUGUGGGACCGCAUAACCACCAUCCGCAUCAUUCUGCAACCCCGGCAUAUGGGAAAUGUUUGUGGCCUUUGUGGAAAUUUUAAUGGAAACGGCAAAGAUGACUUCACCACUCAAGGCAAUCUGCCAACUACUAAUAUAAUAGAGUUUGUGGACAGCUGGAAAGCAUCAAGCAACUGCCCCGAUUCAGAACCAGACUUUGACCCGUGCCUGUUGACCCCCAACCGACACACCUGGGCCAAAAUACAAUGUAGCAUCAUAAAGGAAGUUACUUUCAAGGACUGUCAUAGUAAGGUGGAUCCAACCCCAUAUUAUGAGAAUUGUGUGAAGGACUCGUGUGCGUGUGACACAGGUGGAGACUGUGAGUGCUUCUGCACAGCUGUGGCGGCUUACACUCAAGCCUGCAAUGAAGCAGGUGUUUGUGUGGUCUGGAGAACACCUGAGAUCUGCCGUAAGCAUCUGUCUAGCACACAAUUCAUGUUAAGCCAGUCAGUUAAGCAAGAAAAACAUGUUUAUGCACUUAAUUUACUUGUUGUGCUCAUAUUUUGUGAAUGUUUUUUGUUAGCUGUAUACUGUGACUACUACAAUGAUCCAGGUUACUGCACAUGGCAUUACAGUCCCUGCCAUACGCCCUGCUACAAAACCUGUCUUAAUCCUGAGGGUAUCUGCAAUAACACUUUACCCAACCUGGAAGGGUGUUAUCCAGAAUGUCCAGAGGACAAGCCUAUUUUUGAUGAAGAAAGUCAGAUGUGUGUGGAGGAUUGUCUUAUUUCAACAACAACCCCCAAACCAACCACUGUUUCCACAUCUUCACCUACACCAACAACAACCACUACAACAACAGGAACAACACCUGAAAGUACCACAACGACCACAAUUACAGAACCAACAACAAUAGAAUCUACCACAUCAUCACAAACGCCCAAACCACCCAUCGUUUCCACAUCUUCACCUACACCACCAACAACUACUACAACAACAGGAACAACGCCUGGAAGUACAACUACAAUUACUGAAUCUACAACACCUAUUUUAUCAACAACCACCUCAUCAGCAACUACAUCACCAUGUAUUAUAUGUGAGUGGUCUGACUGGUUUAAUGUAUAUAAUCCUGAACAAGACGAGAAUGACUUUGAGACAUAUGAAAAUAUUAAUAAAAAUGAACAACAGAUCUGCGAACAGCCAGUGGAUAUUGAAUGUAGGGGUGUGGCGGAACCUAACAUGAGCUUUGAAGAAUAUAUAAGUCAUACAAAGCAAGUUGUCCAGUGCAAUGUUUCAUAUGGACUAGAAUGUGAGAAAAUAAAACAAAAUAAUCGUCCCUACAAAUGUUUUGACUAUGAAAUACGGGUUCUUUGUUGUUUUCCCUGUUCUACAACGUCACCCACCACAACACAGACCUCUACAUUUAGCACAACGCAAACACCGUAUGGGCCAACCACAUCCAUUACAUCAGUAGAAUCUACAACAUCAUCACAAACGCCCAAACCACCCACUGUUUCCACAUCUUCACCUACACCAACAACAACUACUACAACAACAACAACAGGAACACCCCUUGGAAGUACUACAACAACUACAAUUACAGAAUCAACAACAGAAGAAUCUACUACAUCAUCACAAACUCCCAAAACACCGACUGUUUCCACAUCUUCACCAACACCAACAAAAAUAAUAACCACAACAGGAACACCCCUUGGAAGUACUACAACAACUACAAUUACAGAAUCAACAACAGAAGAAUCUACUACAUCAUCACAAACACCCAAAACACCCACUGUUUCCACAUCUUCACCAACACCAACAAAAAUAAUAACCACAACAGGAACACCCCUUGGAAGUACUUCAACAGCGACAGUGACUGAAUCAACAACCAAAACAGAAAUUACACCAUCAGUGUCAACUAUGAGCAGCUCAACCUUUUGGACACCCAUUACUGGUCCUGAAAAAACAACACUCUCUCCCACUCCAACGGGGGCAAUGAUUACAUACACAAAUACAACACCUUUGACAACUUCAUCCACAGCCACCAGUCCUAGCACUACACCCUGUUUUUGUGUAUUUAAUGGAAAGCAGUAUAAGCCGGGAGAUGUAAUAUUCGAUCAUUUGGAUAUUGGCUCGGGGAUCUGUCUAACCAUGAUCUGCUCUGACAUCUGUGAAAUUCAGAAUACAACAAACUCAUGCUAUGACUGUCCAGAAUGGGACAAAAAUACCAACGAGACUUUCAUCCUGUGUAACUGCACCAUGGCGAGGUGCAUCGAGGACAACAUCAUUGAGAUUGUCCCAUUUGAAUGUCCUCCACUCCAAAACAUCACAUGUGCUAACAGAAAGGACCCAGUCCUGGUAUAUGAUGAACACUACUGCUGUCAGCAUUACGCCUGUGACUGCUUUUGUGAAGGGUGGGGUGACCCUCACUACAUCACAUUUGAUGGAAAGUUCUACAGCUAUCAAGGAAACUGCACUUAUAUAUUAAUGGAAGAAAUACGGCCUCAUUUUCACCUAAAGAUCUACAUUGAUAACGUCUAUUGUGACCCUAUUGAGCAUGUUUCCUGUCCCAGAUCAAUUAUUGUAUCUUACAACGGGCUAGUCAUUACACUUACAAAUCACAAUUUAAUAGGAGGUGCAGAUCUAGAGGUUUCAAAGGGCGAUGAAAAGCUUGCACUGCCUUUUACCCAAAAUGGAGUGAGAGUGGUAAGCUCAGGCUUGGAUUUGUUCCUGGAGAUUCCACAGCUGGGCGUCAUCGUAACAUUUGGAGCCACCGGCUUCAGCAUCAACCUGCCAUUCCAGCAUUUUGGAAACAACACACAAGGCCACUGCGGAACAUGCAACAACAACAGGGCUGAUGACUGCAUGCUUCCUGGAGGAAUCUUGGUGGACGACUGUGCAGUCAUGGCAGAUUACUGGCCGGCUAAUGGUAUAAAUGGCGAAAUAUGCCCUCCACCAACUGCGUUACCUACAGUCGGAACAGGCCCCAAACCCACUGCUAAGCCAUGCCAGGCUCUCCCAGACUGUUACCUCCUGAAGAGCGAGUUGUUCGAAGAGUGCCACCCCCAUUUGUCACCAGAUAACUUCUUUUUGGGCUGUGAAUAUGACAGCUGUCACAUGAGUAACCCGGCCGUGGUGUGUACGAGUUUGCAGUCCUAUGCAAGGGCUUGCUCUCUGCUUGGCGUCUGCAUAUACUGGAGAAACUACACCAGCCUCUGCAACAUUGAAUGUCCAGCAGAUAAAAUCUUCAAGCCAUGUGGUCCAGCUGAACCCCCAACCUGUGAAGACCAACUUGGACAGAGGAGUCUUGCAAUGCCCACCGAGGGCUGCUUUUGCCCAGAUGGCAUGUUGCUCUUCAACAAAGAGUCUGGAGUCUGUGUGGACAAAUGCGGAUGCCUGGAUGCUUCUGGAACACCGCGUGAGUUUGGUGAGGUUUUCGAGUACAACUGUGAGGAGUGCGUCUGCGAUAAAGCCAGCAAAUCUGUCAUCUGUAAGCGCAGACAGUGUCCUGAUUUUAUCCCUGAGAGCUGCACAAAGCCCGGCUUUGUGUUGGUCAACGUCACCAAUCCCUCAGACCCAUGCUGCACCAAACAAGUUUGCCAUUGUGAUGUCUCUGUGUGCCCACCUUUGGAUAAAAAGUGUAGCGUUGGAUAUUCUCCAGAACUGGAGGUGCCUGAGGGAGAAUGCUGUCCGGAAAUCAAAUGCGUGGCCAAAAAAGUAUGCGUCUACGAUAAACAAGAGUACGAGCCUGGUAGCAUCAUCCCUGUUGUUAACUGUCAGGAAUGCACUUGUACAUGGGACGUGGAUCCUGGAACACAACUGUACAAGAUCAGCUGCAGAAUGGUGAUGUGCAAUGAAGACUGUGCUCCUGGUUACGGAUAUCAAGAGGCUGAAAGCGACAAAGACUGCUGUGGGAAAUGUGUGCAAACUCACUGUAUCAUCAAUGUCAACGGCACUCAACAUAUACUGAAGGAGGGAGAUGUUUUGCCCACUACAGACCAGAGUUGUGACAGAGUCACCUGCACUAAAGUGAACGGACAGUUCAUCACUGAUAACUACAGAAUCCAGUGUCCUCCCUUCAACAUCUCCAACUGCCAGCCCGGUACAGUCCAGAUGAUGGCUGAUGGCUGCUGCCACGUUUGUGUGGACAAGAUUAAGGGCUGUCAAGUACAGACUGUUCAAGAUCACAUAAAUCACAACCACUGUCAGUCCGAGAGAAUAAUGGAGCUGACCUUCUGUGGCGGAGAUUGUGCCAGUUACAGCAGGUACACUGAACCCGGGUUGUCCGCCUGUAGCUGUUGCCAGGCAACCCACACAAGUAAUCGUACAGUGCCUCUUAGUUGUUUAAAUGGAGACAUAAUAACCUACACGUACGUCCACGUCGAGCAGUGCGCCUGUAGGAAAACGAACUGUCACGGCACUGGACUCAGUCAGCACACCCUUGAAAGCAUCCAGAAACGUAGCAUUAAACUUCCUUGAGUAUCUGAUGACUCUAGAGGUUACCAAGCCAAUGUCUCAAAAAAACUGUUUGAAACUUGUAAUCUGAAAUUAAUUUAAAUUGCAUUGCUGUAUGUUCAUUAUUUUUUCAUUUCAAGAGCUUUUAAUACUUGCUAAAUUGAUCUUUUGAGAAAUGUGUACUCUUC